ACAUUAGCGCAGGCAACAGUUUAACGUGGAAAUUAUUGCGAAUUUGUUGUGUGUUUUUCUGCGACGCGUGCCAGCGCAAUAUCGCAUUUCGCAUUUCGCACAUCGCGUGAGCAGCAGCAAUAUUGCAACACAGAGCAGUUGCACUUGCUUGUUUUUUUUUUUGGGGCACUACCAUGACUUUUUUUUUGGCCACAGCCGCAUCUAGUCGUAGAUCUAAAUAGUAGCAAUUAAAAAUGCCGCAGCGUUCGCCCUUUGCCAUUCAGGAGCUGCUGGGCCUGGCGGUGGCGGCAGCAACAGAAGCGCCCACCGACUUGACGACAACAACGGCAACUGUUGCCGGUGCAACGUUGGUGAAAGAGCGCCAAACGCCAACACCGCCAAAGACAACAAUGCCAGAUGCAACAGCAACAGCAGCAGCAGCAACAGCAACAGCAGCAACAUCGUACAGCAGCGGAGCAGUGGCAACAGCCACUAGUGCGGCAACAGCCGAGGGCAAUUUGGCAGCCGCCUUGGAGCCCCAGCAGCAGCACCACCACUACAGGGAGCACCACCAGAUGACCAUGGCCUCGCGAAUGGCCUACUUCAAUGCCCAUGCGGCGGUGGCAGCGGCCUUUAUGCCCCACCAACUGGCCGCGGCGGUGCACCACCACCAUCAGCACCUGCCCCACCACCACGCGCACCACCCACACGGAGCCGCUGGUGGGCCGCCGCCGCCGCCUCCGAUGCAGCACCACCACUCGCACCCGCACUCGCACCACCCGCUGCUGCAUGCGCAGGGAUUCCCGCAGCUGAAAGGCUAUGCCGCAGGAGCCGCAACAUGCUUACCCGGUUCCCUGGGGCCCAAGGACUUCGUCAUGGAGAGCUUGAACGGGUUCGGAGUGGGUCCGAAUAGCAAAAAGAAGAAGAAGAAGCGGCGGCACAGUCGCACCAUAUUCACCAGCUACCAGCUGGAGAAACUGGAGGAGGCCUUCAAGGAAGCCCAUUAUCCCGACGUCUAUGCCCGCGAAAUGCUGUCCCUGAAGACGGAGCUGCCCGAGGAUCGUAUACAGGUCUGGUUCCAAAACCGCCGGGCCAAGUGGCGCAAGACCGAGAAGGUCUGGGGUGGCAGUACGAUAAUGGCGGAGUACGGACUCUAUGGGGCCAUGGUGCGGCACUCGCUUCCCUUGCCGGACACCAUCCUCAAAUCGGCCAAGGACAACGACGCGGUUGCUCCCUGGCUACUAGGUAUGGAGCAGAAAUGUAUGCACCGCAAGUCAAUCGAGGCUCAGUCGACGCUCAAGGACGACUCGGGGGUGAGUGACCAUGAGGACUCGGCGGGAUCGAAAUCCGCCAACUCGGAGGACCUCUCCCGCCACCGCACCCUCAGCUCCUCCACCGAGUCGCUGAACGUGGUGAGUCCUGCGCCCAGCAGCUGCACCAACUCCGUCUCUACGGCCCCGCCCACCUCGACGAGCGGCUACGCGGGGGCGGCCUCCUCGGCGGCCACCACGCCCACCGGAGCCACCACCAACAGCUCCGGCAGUCCCCACAUCGAGAUGGGCUCCCCCUCGCCGCAGCAACAACAACAUCAGCAGCAGCAACAGGUGCCGCUUUACAUGGGCGGUGGGGUCGGUGGGGGUGGCUGCGCCCCCAGCUACCAUCCGCUCCUGGAUGCCGCGAAUGCUGCUGGCGCUGGAGCGGCGGCCUCCAGUAAGGACUUCCACCUGAUCAUGAACACAGCCGUGGCAGCGGCAGCAGCAGCUGCCCAGCAGCAACAGCAACAGCAACACCAGCAACAGCAACAUCAACAUCAGCAACACCAGCAACAACAGCAGUCGCAGGUCAUGGCGGCAACACCUGGCUUGCACGCCCACAACUUGGCCGCCGCCCUUAUGGAACACGAUCCGGAUACCUUCAGGAACAACUCAAUCGCCUGUCUGAGGGCCAAGGCGCAGGAGCACCAGGCGCGCCUCCUGAACAACGGAGGACUCUUCCUGCAGGUGCGCAGGUUCGCACAGGGCCAAGUGCAGGUCCAGGAGCCAAGUGAUAUGUUCAAGCUCAAGGAGGAGCACAACAACAACACCCCACAGCCUAUUUCUGCCUCCCAUUCGGGUUCUCAAGUCAAUGUGAAAAUGGAGCUGACUGCCAACGGAUCGCUGAACAACUGCGAGGAGGUCUAACAGGAGCCCCAAGGAACCCACAUUUCUCAGUUUCCCCAGUGGCAAGUGCUACGAACCCAAGACACACCAAACCAAAUAUAAGAAAACCUUUUUUUUAAUAGACCCUAGGAACAGUACUCUUGGAAUAAGCAUAAGAUCUGUAAUCGAAUAUUUUAAGUAGUGGCAUGGGCCGCUUUAAGAUGUAAAAUACAAUAUCGUAAUACUUUUAAAAAAUUAUUCAUCGAAAAUAAUUUUAUUUUUAAUUUUAAGUUUAACACUUUGGGGCACCAACGAAAAUGUAAGUUGGCUAAAAUAAAUGUAGAAAUA